ACAAAAACCCUCACAACAACAGAAACCACGUACCAUGUUAUUACAUUCUCAAUUGUUUGUUGGUUCAUUAAAGCGCGGCCGAUUUUUUGAAUCGUCAUCAUCAUCUCUAUUCAGCAUAAGAGAAGAUUAUUUGCAUAUCUACUAUAGUAAAUAUUGCAGAGAGUGUGUUUGUUUCGAGUCAUCCUUUGAAGGGUUGUUUGAUUGUCCGAAUAUAUCAAUCUAUCUCUCUCUUGAAUUUGUGAGAAGCAAAAGUUAACCUUUUUCAAAUUCUCUAAAACACACAAACAAUAACAAAAUACAUUGACAACAACUAGUUGCUAGCUGUUUGAUAUAUAUUUAACUACUACCACUGCUUCUAACUUAUCUGAAAGGUUUCAAUAAUAUUUAUAACUGUUGAAAGUAUGGGAAAUUGCCUGAGUCAACAACGUUCUAAUGAAGAACCUUUGGAAAAGAAGAGCCAUUUACCGAGAUUAUCCAUAGAUUCACAGUCAAUUGAUGGAUCUUCCAUAUCAGCUCCAAAUCCAUAUCAUAAUGCCAGUCUUGCAAAGAGGAUUUUAGGUACUAAACUCAUGACCAAAUUGCAGUCAUCACGAAAGAGCAGCAUUGCCAAACAAAACAGUACCCAAUUUUCGUCCAAUUCUUCACUGUUGGAAAGUGCACUCGAUUCACCAGGUUCACAAACAAAUAUCAUCAAUAGAAGUGGAAGAGCUACGAGUGCUGCUGUUAGACCUGCCAAUGCUGGACAAUAUCAUUUAUCUGAUGUCUUGUUUGAUCCAGUUGGUUUUGAAUUCUUAUACAAAUUCUCUAAAAAGGAGUAUAGCCAUGAAAAUUUAGAUUUGUUAAAAGUCUUGCUGACCAUCAAUUGUGAUGAUAUGCAAGCCAAGACAAAUUCUGUUUCACACCUUCUGUUAAAGAAGAAACCAGACGAAAGAAACAUGACAGAAACAGAGAAAUUCAUUACUGAUAUGGAACGAGUGGAAGAGGAAUACCUAAGUUCUGGGUCAGAUUAUGAGAUGAAUAUUGGUUUUUGUACCUUUGCUGUCUUGUCCAAGAGAAGGAAAGGAGGUAUCGAGGAAUUUGCCUACACAACAACACCAAGACUUGAAGGAAUGAACCAAGAUACAGCAACAACAAUUACCACAAUAACAGAUCUCACCGAAAAGUCAACUGCAACAAUUGACUCUUCAACAACCUCUUCAACAAUUGACUCUUCAACAGCUCCAUCGACCAUAGCUGCAGAAUCAACAAGUGAACAAAUUACAAUAGAGGAAGAAACAUUGAGUCAAACACCAUCAACAACAGAAACAACAGCAACAAAUUCAAAUGUUGAAUCAACCAAUGCUGCCAUUAUUCCUACUAACAAGGUAGAAAUGCCAAAGAUAUCACUCGAAGCAGCAACACUUAACUAUUACAAGGCACUUCACAAAUCAAUGCUUGAUGAUUGUAUGGGUAAUUUGCAUGAUGUCUUUGUGAGGUUUAUGGAUUCGAGAGAAUUUGAUCAAUUCCUUGAAAGCCACCUUCAAAGCUCCAUAUCUAAUCCAUCACUCCUCCUACAUAACAAAUAAUAACUUGUCUGUUUGUACAGGGUACGACGAUCCACACAUACAAAUCGUCCAAUACCAAUCCAUGAUUGGUUGUGAUGAAUAUCUAAUGUUUAUCACACAAUUUUGAAAUUAUUCCGAAAGAGCAAUCCUAAAUAAACCUAAUUCAUAAUUAA